AUGACGCCAGCCUUUCAUGAAGAGCUGCUAGAGGUAUACACGGAUUCGGAUUUGGCUCACUAUAUUGCAUGCUCGCCGUCAUGCACGUCUACCUCGCGGGUAUUCAACCUCUCCUCGAAUCUCAUAGCCAAGCAAUAUGAGCCUUCGGAUGUUGAAGAUGCUUUGAAGGCUACUGAAGUCGCCAGCCAGCUUAGGAUCCGUGGUCCUUCCGUACGAAAGAUAAUCAAGACCCAAGAGAAUGCUUACCUUAUUAUGAAUCGGGUUGAGGGAACCACUUUGGAUGUUGUCUGGAAGGAACUGGGCUGGUUCAUGACAGUCAAGCUUGGUCUGCAGCUUCGUCGCUUCGUGAAAAUUCUUAGAUCUAUUACCUCACCAACUGCCGGAUCGCUCGUGACAGGCGAAUGCAGGUCUUUCUGGCUAGAAGAUCGCUAUGGUCUUCCAGCGAAUUCUGGCCCAGCUGAAAUUACCCACUUCUUCCGAUUCUGGGCGAACUUUACGUCCAUGCGGGGAGCGAUGCAAGCAUCAAAGCAACCCCAAGCACCAGACUUACCAGAUCUCACUUUCGCUAGCUGUGGUGCAGAUGCUGGUAGACGCUGGCGUGGAUGUCCAUGCUCGGAGCAAUACAAACAGAUCUGUUUACACCGCGAAGCUGAGGCUGGUCGUGUAGACACUGUGCAGUGGAUACUAGAUCAUAGCAUCUUGACUGUGCACGAAACUGGUAGCAAUGGCUGGACCCCGUUGACCUCUUCUGUUUUCGCUUGCCAGGGCAGUAUGACGAAUUACCUCGUCGAGCACGGAGCUGACCCAACCAUUGGAUCGAAUCCUGGAAACCACACGGCUCUACAUUACGCCGCGUUUUCAUCAGGAGAAGCGGAUUCCACGCUCGUGCGUUACCUGAUCCAGUACGGCGCUAAUGUCAACGCAGCUGCUGACUCGCGCUGCUUCGCAUCCAGUGGAGAGACAGGCGAGCUGCUACAUGAGUGGCUCUUUGAUCCGGAACCAGACUAA